AUGCAGCUCCGGGCAGCACAGCACCUGAUCGCUGAGGAGUUGCAGAUGGCGUCGAGCGACGAUGAAGAUGAGAAGUUUCUCUAUGGCUCGGAGGACGAGGCCGACGGGCCGCGUGGGCAGCAGAAACGCAAGCUAAUACCGCAGGGCACUGCGCAGAUUCAGGAGCCGGAUACCAAGAGGGCGCGGGGAGCGGACGACGGGGACGUGGACAUGCUGGACGAUGACGACGAAGAAGAAGACGACGACGAGGACGAGGACGACGAGGACUCGGACUCGGAUGUUGAGAUCAUCAUCGGGACCGGGGCGGACUCGUCGAAGCUCGACUCCAAGGCGCUGACGACGCCGUCGACGGCUGCGACGGCGACGUCUGCGGCGGAGUCCGCGAUCGCGCCGGUGUCAGAGCAGAGCGCGCCCGUGGCAGCGGUGCAGAGCGGUGACAGCGGCGCGGCGAUGGACAAGGCCGUCGGCGCGCUCGACAUCAACGCGGUAGGCGAGUACGAGGGCACGCCCAUCACGGACAUCGACCCGGAGGUGCUCAAGGAGAAGCCCUGGCGGCAGCCGGGCGCCAAUUUGUCCGACUAUUUCAACUACGGCUUCACGGAGGAGACGUGGAUGGAGUACUUGCACAAGCAGGAGAAGCUCCGCAAGGAGUACAACCCGCGCAAGAUACUUAUGGGGCUUCUGGCGCUCCAGCAGCAGGGAAAGCUCGGCGACGGCGGCGCAGGCGACGGCGUCAUGCUCUCUGCCGGCGGCAUGGCACACAAUGACAUCAAAUCGCCGAACAAAAACAACGGUUCUCUGCCGCAGCCGCCUGCGUUUCCCAUGGGUAUGCCACCCAUGUUCGGGGGUUUCCCGCCCUUUCCCUUUCCUGGCAUGAUUCCCCCAAACCUGGGCGCUGCAAGUGGUAACAAUGGGUCAGGCAAUCACCAGAACAUGGGUACUUCAUCUGGCAAUGGCAAUAAUGGUAAGUAG